GGACAGACGGGAUUGGUCGGCAGUUUGAAUGACAGGAUGGAUGACCUCAGCACUGCACCCACCACACUGCUGCAGUAUAAAAUCUGCUCUCCAUCCUCAGCCUCCACUCUCUGGACUCGCAGUAGAAAACUCCUGCCUGAACUGACACCGAGGUGAAAAGACAGAUGACAAUGACCGACCUGGAGACCUCGAUGGCGACCAUCAUUGCAGUGUUUCAGAAGUAUUCAGAAAGAGAAGGAGACAAACACAAACUGAAAAAGAGCGAGCUGAAGGAUCUGCUUAACGACGAGCUGCCAGAUCUGAUGGCGCAUGUGAAAGACCAGGCAACACUUGACAGCUUGAUGGAGAGCCUGGACACCGAUGGCGACGCCGAGUGUGACUUCCAGGAGUUCAUGACAUUCAUCUCCUUGGUUACCGUCUGUUGCCACGAGUUCUUCGAGCACGAGGACGAGUAAGGAGGAGGCGAGCACGGAGACGAAGGGGGAGCUACAGUAAAUUAUAAAGAAGAAGAAGAUGCCUAGCAACGCACAACCUGUUGGUGCCUUCAGAGCAGAGCAGGGUGGGAAAACACAACUCCAGCCAGCAGCCAAAACAUUACUGGUGAGGUUUGGCUGCUGGCUGGCAAACAGUCCAGUGUAGUAGUUACUUUAGCUAAAAUCAGCUAAAAUGUUUCAAAAGAUCCUCUUUUUCUAUUUGACUCUAAAUAUCUAGAUGGCUUGUAAUGUCUUCAAAAUGGCUUUGGGAUCUUGAUGUGGCUACAAAGUUUGUUACAAAACUAUUAAGUUAAUCUACACAUGAUAAUAAGUUGGAGGUACUUUUUAUUAGAUUGUGGCUGAUGAGGCACCUGUGUUUGACAAAUCUUGUUGACUAGCAAAUAUUAAAAGUGCCUUUUAAGUUGGUCGUCAUUUAAAAAACAUUUGAUUGGCUAGUAAAGGUUUCAAAAUGGCUGAGAUUUUGGUGUGACAACAAAGUUUGUUACAAAACUAGCCACUGAUUUCUUAAAGUCGACCAGUAAACUAAUGUAGUCAGAAAUAUUUUUAGAGGCCCUAGUUGGCUGCAGAAAUUCGCCAUAUUUAUGUCUUUUUAAUAGCCACUUUAGCAUAAUUUCCAAUCCCAUUCUAUAAAUCAAGCUGUUUAAAAAAAAAUUUGCUAGAUUUUGGGUAUGGCUACCAACUUUGGCUACCAAGUUCAGCAAAUAAGUAAUCAAUAAUUUAAGGUUCUUCUCUUGAAUGUCUAAAGGGCCAGUAAAGUUGUAAAAAUGACUGGUAAGUUCAUCUACACAUAAUAAUCAUUUGGAGGUACCUUGCCUCAAAUAUUGAAAGUGACUUGUAAGUUGGUCGUCAUUUAAAAAACUAUUUAAUUGGCUAGUAAAAGUUUUCAAAUGGCUUGUGAGUUUUACAUAAUCUAGAAGCCACUUUGGAAGCCACAGUUUAGGAGAAAUAUAGUUAAAAUUGAAAGUGACUAGUAACUUAGUCUUGAAGUUAAACAUGUUUAAUUGGCUAGCAAAUUUUAAAAAUGGCUUUUGAAGGGGUUAUUUUUUUAGAGAAAAACCAACCAUAAUUUUGAAUUAUAUUGUAAAAUAAAAAUCUGGCUGAUAGAUUGUGGAUGUCGCUAGUAAGUUUGCAUUCAUUUGAUGUUUUACAAAAAACACUGGGCUUGUCAAAGCGGCUGAUACGUUGUUUAGCUCUUGUUUGUUUCUUGUUUAGAAGCUGUUACUUAUAUAUGUUUACUUCAUAUUUAGGUAGUUGGUAAACAAGUAAUCUACACUUAUUUGAGUCAUAAUACAUUCCAAAUGUCCAGCUGGCUGCUAAAAUAAUCACGAAAUGUUAGGAUUUAGUAGCCGCUAUUGCCUGUAGCCGAGUUUAGUUAAACCAACAAUCUGAUAGAAUGAAAAUCUAGUUUCACAAUGUGUAAAUGUCUUCAUGCAAAGAAAACAAAUGAUAGGUUUAAAUCAGUUGGAACAGAAGAGUUUGUCUGAUGAUGUGUGUUUUGAAAUGUUGAGCACUGGUUUGUUUGGAUGUCGAUGAAAUUAAUUAAAUUAUCAAUGUGUGA